UGUGGAGCUACGACUCGGCUUCUCCGAGUGAGUGAAGCCUCCAUGUGAGGAACACACGAAGGCGAGCGCUCAUCUCUCGCGAGGAACGACGCCGUUAUCGGAAUCUCUACAAACAACACGAGAAUUCAUCAUUCACACGCUGUGAACAAUGGCUGAACAAGAGUUGGAUGAAAUUGUACAAAUAACAGUGGAGGACUUUAAUCAGGAAGACCAUACAGACGUGCUGGACAAUCAUGAAGAUGAUGAAGAAAGGCCUCAGAAGAAAAAGAGGAAGUUAAGCAGCAGUCAGGAGAAUAACAACAAUAACCAAGACAUAUCUUUUAUCAAGAACCUGUUGGUCUCAUUCACUGCAUCAAUCACCCAGCGAUUGGAGGGAAUUGAAUCAAAGUUACAGGCUCUGGACGCUACAUGCAAAGCCCUUAAACGCAAACUAGACAGCAUGGUUCCCUGUGCCAAGAGUCCUAUCCAGGUUCCUAUGGUUGCAGGGUCUCCCCAGGGGGCCACCCAAACUUGGAACAAAGUUCGAUGUGUUGUUCCACAAACAAAUGUGAUAGUAAGCAGUGAAAACCCGAAAGGCCCUAGCCAAGAAGACACCCCUCUGGAGAACCUGCUCAGCAACACAGUGACCAGGAGGCGGCAGAACACAAUUCUGGUAAAAGUGCCAGGCCCUGAAGAGAGUCAGGAAGAACAAGAGAGUGGCUCAGAGGCCAGUGACUCUGUUUCUAAUGGGGGCCAUUCAGGCAAUGCGCAAAAUGGCCAAAACGUGACGCUCAUCACACUCAAUUCUGAAGAUGAUUACCCAGCGGGCACCUGGUUGGGAGAUGAGAACAACCCAGAGAUGCGAGUUCGUUGCCCAGUGUCUCCAGCUGACAUGCUCCAUAUCACCACAAACUGCCGCACAGCAGAGAAAAUGGCACUGACGCUGUUGGACUACCUGUUCCAUCGGGAAAUCCAGGCCAUGUCAAACCUUUCUGGCCAGGGCAAACAUGGCAAGAAGCAGCUGGACCCGCUCAUGAUCUAUGGCAUUCGCUGCCACUUGUUCCACAAAUUUGGUAUCACUGAAUCAGACUGGUACCGCAUCAAGCAAAGCAUCGACUCCAAAUGUCGCACCGCCUGGAGACGCAAGCAGCGUGGCCAGAGUCUGGCUGUCAAGAGCUUCUCCAAACGCACACCUCGCAGCUCAGGUGCAGAGGGAGGCAUGGCAGAAGAAGCAGCCCACAUUGAGACUGCCACCCAGCAGACCUUGCACUACACACUGGCCAAUCAGCAGGUCCAGUUCCACCGUAUUGGCGAGGAUGGACAAGUUCAGGUGAUUCCACAGGGUCAGCUGCACAUUGCCCAGGUGCCACAAGGAGAGGAGGUGCAGAUCACACAGGACAGUGAGGGAAACCUCCAGAUCCACCAGGUACACGUUGGUCAGGAUGGACAGGUGCUGCGUGGGGCUCAGCUCAUAGCGGUGGCGUCAGCUGAUGGCGGGGCCACAGCAGUAGAGGGCUCCCCCCUUCCCCCUGACAUCCAAGUGCAGUACGUCCAACUAGCCCCCGUCGCAGAUCACACAGCCGCUGUACAGGCUGCAGAGCUGGCCCCGGCCCUGCAGAUGGACAUGGAGGUGAAAGAGGCCAUCCAGGGUGCCAUCAAGGGAGAGAACGGCGAGGUGGUCCAGAUCGUCACCUGACGAGUCUCAGUGGAACAUCAGAGGUCAACAAACGCAUAUAGUCUGACAAGCAAUCAAGUCAGAAAGCCUUUUUUAACAAAUACUGAAGGUCACUGAUGAAACACAGGGAAGAAGCAUUUUUCUGUUUUGGGUUUUUUUUUCUUUGCCUGCAAACAGCUCAAUUCAUUGCCAACCAGAUGUCGCAAUGUGGAAAUGUUCACAGAGAACUUGAAAAGACAAUGAUACUCCAAAAUCAACUGUGGUCCUAUUGGUGUUUUCAUCACCAGAAGGACCUGGCCCACCUCAGAAUACACACUGGGAUUAGUGUCUAUCCCGGAGGAUGCUGCUUAUGCAGACCAUCACCCUGCCACUUCAUCAGCACAUAUGGUUGUUUUCAUCAACUUUGGAAAAUAGUGGAGUUAUUUGGACUUAAUCCGCUUGGCUAACCCCGAAAACCCCCAUGAGGUUGUUUAAAACCCCUGAAUCCCACCUCAAACAACCAGUACCGUGCUCCUGUUCUCGUCGUCUCUUGUCACAGUGGACUGCCGUGGAAAGUAGAUUUAGCUGAGGACAGCUACUCUUGGUUGUGAUUAAUUAGGUUUCCUGUCACUCUCCGUAAUUCGGUCUGCGCUACGUCUCCCUCCUUUACUUCGCUCAGCUUGUUUUCAUAUUGCUUUAGCCGCACAGCCUUGUUUAUUUGUUUGAUUUAUCUAUUUGUAACAAGCUGAAAUUUUGGGGGAGCUUUAAUUUUGAAGGUAAAGACCAUGAAAUAGAAGAGAUGGUGCCAGUGGUAGACAGUACAAGUGGUUUGUAGACUACCAAGGAAACCCUGAAGUUGUUUAUUUCCCCUAGGUUUUUUUUUCUGUGAAAGAUACAUUCAUGAGAAUAAAACAUGUUUGUGGUUGCCAUAAAAAUGUGUUUUUAUUUUGGUUUCUUCCAUGGUCAUCAAACUGGCUUCAAAGAUUUCCAAAACAUGACUGCUUUCAUCCACUCCAAAUCGACAGUUGAAGAGAGCGUAAAAUGAUAGUUUGGUUUUGAGGUCUUGUUUCAAGUUAAGCUGAUUUAUUUACUAUUUUUGAAGUAAAUAUGUAUCUUGUCAACUUCAGUAACCAUAGGAUUCGGCUACUGUACUGUCAGCAAUCCUGACAAGAUGAACAGAAAAAAUGAGCUUUGACUUAGCCUCAACAAGGUUUUUGUCAAAAGACUGUAAUUAAUAUGUUGGCCUCAUUAUAACAGUUUCUGAACUUUAAUUACAUUUCUUCAGAAUCCACUUUGUCCCCACUCCAUGGUUCUGUUUUUCUGUCAGUAAGGACAGAGAAUGUGUUGUGUUGGAGUGUUGCUCUGUUAAUGAUGAAUAUCUCUGCAGUCAGCAAUAAAAGAGAUAAGCUAGACACUCUGAGGCUGUGUGUUGGUUUGGGGAAGUUUCCCAUGCUCAGUGUGAUGUAAUAGUGUAUUUUGGAGUGUAGGAAAGAACCAGGCGACAAAAUGAACUUGAUAAAACAACAUCCAUGGUCUUGGCUGCUUCCUCUUGUUUCCUUUCAGUCUGUUGUUGCUGUCUCUGACCCCCUUUCCACCGCCUCUUCAUCUUGUCCAUUCCCCUCAUUGACUCUCCUACUUAUUCCUCUUCUCCCACUCAAUUUGUGUUCUCCCCUUUCUCCUUUGGAAGCUGUGUUCAAGUCCAUUUACUCCUCCUUUAAAUGAUCCACUAAGAUGGGCUAAUAUUUAAUGGGAUAGACUGGUGGAUCCAUCCCUUCUGAAAUAAUUGUGGUGUUGCUGAGUUCAAAUGUUGGCUUGGACAACAGUGUCUCCCCCCCAGUGAACCCUCCAUUAAAUCUAGAGCUUGGAAGGGAACAGACCCUGCUCGUAAGCCUUUUUCUCUUCACUUUUACAACCCUGGGCUCCAUCCAGGAGCUGGAGUGGUUACCAUAGCGACGGCCCCUCUCUCAGCCUGCCCCUAAGAUAACCUGCUGAAAACAGAAAUGAAUGAUAGAUGGUGAGAUGAGAUUGUUUGGAAGCAGAAUGCAUGUCUGUGUAGAGGGAGAGGAGUGAUGGACAGAGACCAGGCGGUCCUUCUCUCAGCAGCUCUGUGUUCUCCUGCGAUGAUGGCGGCUCUGCUGGCAUCUGCUACAACAUGCAAGUACCAACCUCUGCUGCUCGCCCCUGGCUUUUACUUUGGCUGCGUAUCUGCUUCUCCUGCUCAAACUUUUAACAAGGCCGGAGGCGUUAUCUGAGGAUGUGUAAAGAUGAGUGAGCAUAUUUGUUGGAGCGAAAAUGUCCAAACACGAUGUGUCUCCAGGAUCAUAAAUCAGCAACUGUUAAUCUUGGGGAAACAAAGCUCCCCACAGCCAGAAUUUCUCUGUCUCGCGCCAGCGGACAGAUUACACCAGAACAGCAAUGUCACAGUUUAUUCACUGUUUUAUUUUUUAUUUCUCGCUUGCUGAAUAUUCCAGAAGAUCACAAACAACAAACACAGAAUGUUAUAUUUUGUAGAAAUUAAAUUAUCGGGCUUCUGGAUGUUUAUAUGUGUGGCUCUGUUCUUGAAUUACAGAGCAGCUUAGUCAAUACUUUAACUGCCCUUUAAUUUGCUCAGAUGAAAGAUGACAA